UGCGGCAACAUGGCAGCUGCCAUGUCUGUUUUUGCGCCUCGCAGUGUUCACACGUGCGAGAAGAUUUGAGUCAGUAAAAAGACUGUUAAUCAUGUACACGAUCGGCGCGAUUGCCGAUCUUGUCAGCAGUAAAUGUGCUACAAGUUCCAGUACUGCGGAGACAUCUGAGGACAACAGGAAAUCGCCUAAUCCAGCACGUCCUGUUCCGCGUUAUGUGGAGUUCAAGGUUGCUUCACCACCAGUAAAGGCAUCACGACGCGACCGCAGGCUUGGAAAACGACUUCACGGUGAGCCUUUACCUUGGACACAAGAAAAAGUGCCUGAACAAGCUGAAAGGGAGUUCGAACACAGCGGAGACAGCAUCGACGAAUCGGACGACGGUGAGCAUGCGCCUCUCAACAACAAGCCUGUCACGAACAGCCAGAAUUCUCCGAGGCUGCCGAAAAACAAGAAGAAAGAAACCGAGAUCAAAAGGAACGCGGUGAGCGAUAAUAUUGCCGACGAAGCUGAUGGUUCAAAGCCGGUGCGGCCACUGAAACGUCGCAAGCAAAACAAAGUGUCCCAUUCCGAUGUGGACAGGGGCACGGAGAAUGAAACCUCACUCCUUGUGGCUGAUAAUAAUCAGAAAGAGGAGAAGAAAGUUCAUCGACAAGAGAAGAAACUGCGGCACCCAGACACGCCGGACAAGGACGAAAGGACCGUUUUCGUCGGUAAUUUGCCAGGAACUGCCACCCCGAAAAGUGUUCGACACGUGUUCUCCAAGUACGGGAUUAUCGAGAGCAUUCGAUUCCGGUCUAUCGUUCCGGCUAAAGAGAGCCUCAGCAAAAAGGUUGCCUUCAUCAGCAAAGCGUUGCAUUCGAACAAACAGACUGUCAAUGCUUACAUCGUUUUCAAGGCAAAAGAAGCAGUCAAAGAAGCUCUUACUUUGAAUGGUAGUGUACUCUUCGGAAAUCACAUUAGGGUGGACUGCGUUGGUGCUCCUAAAUCACAAGUGAGUGAGAAGCAAACGGUUUUCGUUGGAAACCUUGCUCAUGAAAUUCAAGAUGAGGAACUUUGGCAGUUAUUUGCAGAGUGUGGUGAUGUAGCUGCGGUGCGUCUUGUCAGGGACAAGGUAACCGGCAUGGGAAAAGGGUUUGGUUUUGUUACUUUCAAGCAGUUGGAUGGAGCUGCACUAGCCUUGGAAAUGACUGGCCGGGAGCUGUCUGGAAGGCCCAUCAGGGUAUCGCCAUUUUCAAAACAGGCGGUGCCCAGAAAAGUUGUUCAGAAAGGAACUUCCUUCCAGCGGAAGACAAAGAAGUCUCAAGAGUCUCUGGAGGGCGUAAGCUUUGAGGGCUCUCAGGCUGAACGCCUCUCAAAAAAGAAAAGGAAGUUAAAGAAACAGAUACGCGAGAAGAUGCAGCAAAAGGUUCAGAAGAAAAUUUUCCAGCUUGGCGGUGGCUCACCGAAGAAAGCAAAGAAAAGGAAAGAUUCCAAGCAGCCAAAUAAAGUUGGGGAGUAACACAGAAGUA